CUCAGUUUCCUGUCGUUCUGUGACUCAGGUCUGAGGACUGAGGGCCUCUUCAGGCGUUCGGCUCGAGUUCAGCUCAUCAAGGACGUCCAGAAACUCUAUAACCUUGGUAAACCUGUAAACUUUGACCAGUACAGAGACGUCCACGUCGCCGCGGUGAUCCUGAAGACCUUUCUCAGGGAAUUGUCUGAACCUCUGCUCACUUUCAGAGUCUACAACCAGGUCCUGGACAUCCUCAACGUGGAGAGCAUCCUCCGUGUGACCAGGUGUAAACAGAUCGUUGAGUCUCUUCCUGAGCAUCAUUUCAUCGUGGUCAAAUAUCUGCUGUGUUUCCUGCACAUGGUGUCUCAGGAGAGCAUUGUGAACAAAAUGAGUCCGUCCAACCUGGCGUGUGUCUUUGGCGUGAACCUGGUGUGGCCUCGUCACGGCUCGAUCUCGCUCACCGCUCUCACGCCAAUCAACAUCUUCGCCGAACUCCUCAUCGAACAUUUCCACACCGUGUUCGGCUCACGCUGUCCACCUGGUCAGGUGAUGCCCUGAAUCUGGACGCCACCACCUCGCCACAGCUCCACCCAAGUCUUGUUUGUUUAAAUAGUCCUUUACUUUUUUCUGUUUGGUUUGUCAUCGUUUUUGUGUGUUUUUUGUCUUUAAACAGAAUUUGUCAAAAUCGUAACUUUGGUCGCAUUCUUUUUGGACUUUUAUGGAUAUUUGUAUCGUCCAAACACUGGAAAACAACUCUGAGAAAAGCAUAGACAAAGAAAGUUGAAUUUGCUAACGUUAACAGAAUAUGUGGAUCACACUCUACGCAGAUGACACACAACCGUUUAUGCAUUAGUUCAAACUAUAUAUAAAUGUAAUAAAUAUUGAAAGUGUUUUUAAUCAUAUCAUUUUUGAGGACGUUUACCGUCUUCAGUCAGCUGUUCAUACAUUAACAGCCACUUUAUUAGGUACAACAGUCUUCCAUUUUGUUUCAUCAUUCAGGGUCAAAAAAACGAAAAACUUUUAUUGGUUGAUUUUGUGAGCGUGUAACGCUUAAAUUACUACAGACUUUUGGAUUUUCUUGUUGUCCGUGACGUUUGCAUUUGUAAAUUCUGAGGUUUUUUUAUAUAAUAAACUGCUUCAUGAAAUGA